GCCGCGCAGCAGGCGGGAGCCGCUCAUGGCCGUCCUCCGUCGCCACCGCGGAGAGCAGCUGGGGGCCGAACCGGGAGGCUGUAGCCGGCGGCUCCGCCCCGCCCCGCCCCUCCCCGUCCCGCGGCGGCGAUGGAGGGCGGUAGCGCGGCAGGAGAACCCGCGCCGGUGGAGGUGGAAGCGGAGGUGGAAGCGGCACGCGGGGCGCUCGCGCUGCUGCGGCUCGGGCCGACGGGUUCCGGCGAGGCUCCGUGCUCGAGGAACGUCCUGCGGAAGCGGAGGCGCUGGGAGCGCGUGUUGGCGGCGCGGCGACGGCGGCGGCCGCAGGAGCGGGAGCGGAACAGAGCGCGGCGCCCCGAGGGUCGAGGUGGGGGCGCGGGGCUGAGCGGGGCUGAGCGGGGCAGGGCUGCCCUCCGCGCUGUGCCCCGCAGGAGCCGCCCGGCAGCGCGGCAGAGCCGCGGCGGAGGAGCGGCUCCUGGAUGCCCGCGCGGCGGGCCCGCGGCUGUGCGUGGAUCUCGGCGUGGCCGACCGCAUGACGCCCAAGGAGACGAGCCGGCUGGCCGCGCAGAUCCGCCGGCUGUACGGCGCUAACAGGCGGGCCGAGCGGCCCUUCUGGCUUUGCCUGACCGAAUUGGUGCCGGGAUCGCCUAUCCACCGCGAGUGCCUCCGCAUGAACGACGGCUUCUCCGGAUACCUGAUGGAUACAACUCAAGAAAGCUACCUGGAUCUGUUCCCUCUGGAUGCAAUUGUUUAUCUCACUCCUGACUCUGAGAACGUCCUUGAAGAUAUUGAUCCCAAAAAAGUGUACGUCCUCGGAGGCCUGGUGGAUGAAAGUAUACAUAAGAACCUGACCCUGCAAAGGGCACAAGAGCAGUCCUUGCAAACUGCCCGCCUUCCAAUUCGUGAGUACAUGGUAAAAUCCAUGAACUCCAAGAACUACUACUCAGAGACGCUGGCAAUUAAUCAAGUCUUUGAUGUCUUAUCGACUUACUACAAAACCCAAAGUUGGCCAGAUGCUUUGAAAGCUGGAGUUUCUUCUGGAAAAGGCUACGUACUUCCAGACGGAGAGAAAUCAGUGAAAACACCUCAGCAUGACAACGCACAAGAAAACUCUUUAUUUCCUGAAAGUUAAGGAGCUGUGCAAGCAAGAGUAGCAAACUGCAUAUUUCAAGCAGAGGCACCAGUGUGAAUGUGUGCAGAGAAAACAGCUCUGCCUAAAUUUACUUACAUACCGACCUUGGCAAGAGUGACAGGUUCUGCCUCAGCAGCACAGUGCUGGAAAUGACUUAGUACCCUGAACAGAAAACAGAAGCCAGCUGAGCCCUGAGAUCAACAAAGAGUUGGUAGGAUUAUUAUUAUUUUUUUUUUUUUUAAACAGGAUUAAAUAGGAAGAAUUGUAGAGCACACCAGUUAAUAACAGUCCUUCCCAUGGAAAAGGACAGUACUGUUCUAAGUGAGCAGAGGAUGGGAAGCGAUCCAAAGCUAAUAGAGAAACAGUGCCCAGGUGCACCACAUCAUAUUUUCUUCCUACUUGUAUUGAAGACUUGGUGUCUUGCUGUGCUGCUGAAGCGUGUAGUGAAUCCUGUGCAUGCUGGUCACAAUCUAUGUAAAAUAAAGUAUUUAAAUUUC